AUGGUCCAGAAGAAUGUCGUCGGCUGCUCGGUUCUGGCUGGUAACACAGGCAGUGGUACAGUCUCAAACUUCAUUCUCGUUUUAACCUUACUAUCGAAAAUUAAAAGGAUGUCAACGCGGCCAGUCAAUCCCCAUGCGCCCACGUUCCCUCCGACCGCGAUUGAUUACUAUAAUUAUCCAUGGCGAGAUGUCACCAGUUACACCAAUCUGCAGACCAGCAAAAAUUAA